UAUACUACAAAUUCGGAAAUUGUUAAGGUUUGACGCUACCUUUUCUAUUCAUAUUCAUUUCAACCUCCAAAACUUCACAAACCAAAGCUCAUUAGUUUAAUCAUUCACAAAGUGUAAAAUGUUGUUUUUCAGAACAAUCUUCAUCGUGUUCUUACAAUUAUUACGUUCCUCUUCAUUUGUGUUAUCAUCACUUCCUCAAAACAAUUCUUCUCCCAAUCCUUAUCUAACAUCCACAACACUCUUCCUUCAAAAUUAUCAAAAAAUGGCUCAAAAUUUCAAAGUGUUUAUGUAUCAACCAAACACAAACACAAACAUAACACAAUUCAGUUUCAAAACAGAACAAGAAUCUCUGUUCUAUUCUUCACUACAAAACAGUUCUUACCUUACCCAACACCCUGAACAAGCACACCUCUUCUUCCUCCCUUUCUCAUCAGACACCUCCACGCGCUCGCUCGCGCGUUUCAUCUCACGCAUCCGUAACGAUUUUCCUUACUGGAACCGUUCCCUCGGCGCUGAUCAUUUUUAUCUUUCCUGCGACGGAAUUUCGCACGUAAACGACCGGAACAUCGUUGAGCUAAAGAAAAACGCUAUUCAGAUCGCGUGUUUCCCCACGCGCCAUCGUAGCUUCAUCCCACACAAGGAUAUUACUCUACCACCGAUUACAAAUCCCCACGCGCCGGUGAGAUUGAGUAAUGAAGAGUUUUGUGUUGUGGAAUAUCAAAACGAUGACGUUUUAUGGCUAGGUGAAGCGCUGCGUUUAGGGUGUGUUCCUGUCGUUGUUACGGAAGAAGCUGUAAACGACAUGCCGUUUAUGGAAGUGCUGAGGUGGAGGGAAAUGGCUGUGUUUGUGAAAAGUGGUGUGAAUAUUGAAACUGACACGUGGAGGGAAAGGAAGGGAAAUAUGAGAAGAUUAGGUGUGGUGGGGAGUAAGCACUUACGGUGGAAUCGACCUGCUCAGCCGUUUGAUGCGUUUAAUACUAUUAUGUAUCAGUUGUGGCUUAGACGUCAUACUAUUAGAUAUGAGAGUGUUCAAUCAAGUUGAUCAUUAUGUAUAUUGCUGCAGAUCUUUGAUGCUUAUAUAUAUACACAAGAAACUGAAUAAUAUUUAUUUUUGGCUUA